AUGAAAAUAGAAAAACUUGAGAUCUUGAACAGACUGCCAAGGACGAUCGUCUCUUUAUUUUCCGUGAUCGAAGAGUGCGACCAGAGAUUCAGCGACGAGCAAUGUAAUAACAUGUUAGAACUCGUGCAAAGGUGUUUCCCUAUUUCACAGGAAGCGGUUGAAGACGACGCCAUGGAAGUGGAACAAGAAGAGGAGGAGGAGGAAGAGGAAGUAGUUGCAGAACAGUUUGAAAUGGAAGAGCUUGAACAUGAGACGUUUGCAAAAGCCGAUGAAGCGGAGGAGCAAGAAGAAUGA